GCUGUGUGGGAAAUGUAAUUCACACGUGGUUUUAUUUUUGGUUUGCAACACAAACAUGAGCCAGUCUUCACUUUCCUCAAACAAUUCUACUUUUACACUGAAACAUACAUAUGCAUCAAUUCAGAUGCUCAAAAUCUUUUAAUUUACCAAGUGUUUGAAUUCUUAUUAUUAACUUUUCUUUGGGCCCUCACUACUGAAACUAAAGCUUUUGACACACAUUUUACAAGAAAAUGUAGCCUGUGCCUUUUGUUUGGCCUACCUGUUAAAACCAAGAAAUAAGUCCACGAUUCUGUGUUAAAAUGGGUAUUCAAACAGUGUGCACGUUGGUUGAGGUGUUUCUUUUUCGGUGCAGUGUGAUUUCCUGGCGCUACGGAGAGAGGCAGUGCUGAGUUUAAAGGGACAGAAACACAAACAGAAUUUUAGACAGGAAAAAUAGAGAGUGGGAAGCAGGAGCGAGAGAGAGGAGCAGUUGGCUGGCUUCCAGAUUCAGCCCCGCUCCACUCUUUGAAUAUUUAUGAAAUUAAUGUAUCUUUUUGUUGUAUUUAUGAUGCACAUAUUUAUUAGAAUCGACUGAAUCCGCUCGGUUGGGUUUGACAAGGGGUUAAAACGAAAUUGUAACGGAGAAGGUUUUUUCCUGAGCGACAGAGAAGUGGCGCACGGAUUUUUCGCCCCAUUUGUUCUCCUUUUAUAUUGAAAGUAGGUUUUACAUUAGCUGUUUAUUUGAUACUUUCUGUUUACGAGACGAGGUCAGCGGAAGAUGGGUUGUUUGGGCAACAGCAAGACUGAAGAUCAACGCAUCGAUGAAAAGGCACAAAGAGAAGCGAAUAAAAAAAUAGAGAAACAAUUACAAAAGGAAAGACAAGCCUACAAAGCGACACAUCGACUGCUUUUAUUGGGGGCCGGAGAAUCUGGGAAAAGCACGAUUGUCAAGCAGAUGCGGAUCCUGCACGUCAAUGGCUUUAACGCAGAAGAAAAGAAGCAAAAGGUCCUGGACAUUCGGAAAAAUGUGAAGGAUGCCAUCGUGACAGUAGUUUCGGCAAUGAGCACGUUAAUACCACCAGUCCCAAUAGGCAACCCAGCAAACCAGUCCAGAAUUGACUACAUCAAAAGUAUAGCUCCUCUCUCGGAUUUUGACUACACCGAGGAGUUUUUCGAGCAUGCCCAGCAGCUGUGGGACGAUGAUGGCGUGAAGGCGUGCUUCGAGCGCUCCAACGAAUACCAGCUCAUCGACUGCGCUCAGUACUUCUUGGAUAAAAUUGAGUCUGUGAGGUCGAAUGACUAUACACCAACAGACCAGGAUCUGCUACGCUGCCGAGUGUUGACUUCAGGGAUUUUUGAAACAAGAUUUCAAGUCGACAAAGUGAACUUUCAUAUGUUUGAUGUUGGUGGCCAGAGAGAUGAGAGGAGAAAAUGGAUUCAGUGCUUCAAUGACGUGACGGCCAUCAUCUUCGUGGCAGCGAGCAGCAGUUAUAACAUGGUGAUAAGAGAGGAUAACAGCACCAACAGGCUGCGGGAAUCUCUGGAUCUCUUCAAGAGUAUCUGGAAUAACCGGUUUUUACGGACCAUUUCAGUCAUCCUGUUCUUGAACAAGCAGGACAUGCUGGCUGACAAGAUCUUAGCAGGGAAAUCUAAACUUGAAGACUACUUCCCCGAGUAUGCCCGCUAUACUCUGCCGGCCGAAGCUGUUCCGGACCCUGGGGAGGACCCAAAAGUGACCCGGGCCAAGUUUUUCAUCCGAGAUGAGUUCCUGAGGAUCAGCACGGCAAGCGGAGACGGCAAGCACUACUGCUACCCACACUUUACCUGUGCUGUGGACACCGAGAACAUCCGCCGUGUCUUUAACGACUGCCGAGACAUCAUCCAGAGGAUGCACCUGCGCCAGUACGAACUCUUGUGAUUGGUCGCAACACUCCAUCCAGUCAGCGCUUGGCCAAUCCCAGCGUGGUUUGUUUCCACUCCCAAAACACAUGGCCCUUUUACCACAGGGACCAGGAGAACUACUGAAGCAUCACAGUGCUGUCUUUUUGUUUAAUAUUGUUGCUUUGAUUUUGUAAAACAAACUUUUUUUUGUUCAUUUAUUUAUGGCCCAUUUUGACUUUUAUUUUGUAGGUAUAUGCAGGGGUGGGAAAUGACAUUUUGUGUGUGCCUCACUCUUAUUUCAAAUGCCUUUAUUCUGGUCAUUCCACUAAGCCUUUUUAGCCAUUUUGUUUUCUAGUUUUUGUUUUAAAAUGUGUUAUUUUUCUGUUGUGGUUGGAUAUGGACCAGCUGACGCUGUGUGUGUGUGUGUGUGUGUGUGUGUGCGCGCGUGCGUGUGUGUGCGCGCGUGCGUGUGUGUGCGCGCGUG